GCCAAUCGGGGGUGCUGCCGGGAGCGGCGGUGGGAGAGGGGAAGGCUGGGCAUGCGCCUGGCGCGCCGGCGGUGGCGCCUCCCUCCCUCCCUCCCUCUGUCGUUAGGGUAGCGGCCGGCGGCGGCAGAGGUUUCGUUUGUUUACGUGUGUAACCCAAAGCAAGAGUUGUUCUUGUCACCGGCUCCUUUCAGCACUCGCAAGAGAAGUGCGAAGAUGGUGAAUGUUCUGAAAGGCGUUCUGAUUGAAUGUGACCCAGCAAUGAAGCAGUUUCUGCUCUACUUGGAUGAGUCAAAUGCGUUGGGAAAGAAGUUCAUCAUACAAGACCUGGAUGACACUCAUGUCUUUGUGUUAGCCGAGUUGGUUAACUUCCUCCAGGAGAGAGUGGGAGAGUUAAUGGACCAGAACUCUUUUCCUAUUACUCAGAAGUAAAAAGACUAGAGAAAUGAGGUUGCUGUGAGUUUUGAAUAGUGAAUUUCAAUAGCUUGAGUUGUUACUGUUUUAGUAGAUACACUGCGGUUAGUAAGGUCUACACAGGAGUGGCUACUCUAGAAAAUGGAUCAUCUUCAUAGACAAAAUAUUCAAACUGGAUUUUAUUUCUCAUUUGGAAGAUAAUGGUAUCUUUAUUAAAAUCCUUAAAAUGAUGUA